AAGCCAGAUUUUAUUGUAGAAAGUAUUGCUAAAUCAGAUUUUAGAUUUUACGUCCUCUUCUAUACGGAGGUUUUUAUUACAAUUUUUUUAAAGGAAAGAUUUAAUCACUUUGGUUAUCGGAAUAAUUACAUAAGGCACUAUCUUUUGUAAAAUAUUUAUAUUUUUACGUUCAAAGAAUGUAUUUUUUAUAUUUUUACGAUUUUCCAAAAAAUAACACGAAAACAACAUAAAAUCAACAAGAAAACAACAUAAAAGUAACAUGAAAAUAACAACAAAAAAUAACAUACAGAGAACAAAAAAUUAAUAACAAAUGAACAAAAUUUCAACAUAAAAAGACCGUAUUUUAUGUAAAUAAAAUCAAAAAAAUUGUAAAAAUGUUUAAAAUUCCGUGAAACUGUAUUUUUGUUGUUUUUUGUUAUUUUUGUGUAUUUGUGAAAUUAUCCCUCUGCGUUCUUGGAGACAUGUGUACUUUUAGGAAAAUUUAUAAAAAUACUAACUUUUGGCUAAAUCUUUACAAAAAUAUUGUCACACGGUAGAAAUAAUUUAUUUUUUCUUUUAUGCUGUAAAACAAAAAAAAAAUGAAGUUUUCAUCUUCCACAUCCAUGGAGAGAGACACCACAGGAAUACCAAUAAAAUUGGAAAACAACCAUUAAUUCUGGUGAGAUCGAGAAAAAAACAACAAAAUUGAUGUCAAAUAAUUAAUUGUGGGAAAACAACUAUAAAACAACACUAAAACAAAUCAAACAAAAGAAAAGAUAAAAGGAUUAAAAAAAAUAACAAUGUUCUGCACAACCUCAAUACCAAAUGUAAUAGCAGUUAUAUUUGCAAGUCUAAUCUUAAAAAAUCAGAUUAAAAAAAAACUACUAAAAGAACACAAAAACAAAUGUAAAACAAUAAGCAGAUAUAACCACUUAAAAAAACAUAAAAGAACCUCACACCUCAAAACUUUUUUUCUAGUGAGUUCGUCAAGUGUAUUUUUAGGAGAACCAAAAUAAAAAAAAAAAACCACAAAAUAACCAUAGAGAAGGAAGAAAAAAUGUAUUUUAUAGCCUCCAUCUUUGACACUCACGGAUAGAACCACCACACCACCACGAGAACACCCAGAAAAUAAUCAUUAAUUCCAGGGAGAUGGAACAAGAACUAUGAAAACAAAAAUAAAUUAUGGAAAACAAUCCUAAAACAACACUAAAACAAAUCAAAAUAAAACAAAGGAAUAAAAUCUUAAUUAAAAAAACUAACCAUCUUCUGCACAGUCUCAACACUUGAUGCAAUAGAGGCUAUAUUUGCAAGUCCAGUUUUGGAAAAUCAUAUUAAAAAAAGUAGAAUUUACGUGGAGUAUGGGUUUUUUAAACCUUUUAUGAUAAAUAUGGCAUAAUUGAUUGUGGACACUUUAUAUGGCUUUUUUUAAAGUUUGUCCAUAGUUUAUGGGAUUUUAAAGCCCAUACGGCUAGAAUAUAUUUGUCAAAAGCCCAUAUUGUGUGUAUUGUAGUUUAUUUAGGUUAUUUUAGUAAUUUGAGGUGUUUAAAUAUUUUGGUUCAGUUUUUUUUUUUUAACAUAACGGUUUUUUUCUUUUUUUUUGUAGAGUUUCGCAUGUAAUCAUCACGAUUUGAUGGUUGCUUCUACAUUUUAAUUUACUUUUGCAGUUUUCAAUUCAGGCCUAUUUUCUCUAAACCUCCUAUACCAUUAUCUCUCUCCCUCUCUUUUUUCAUUUCACUAUUUCUUCAUUUCCCUCUUUCUUCUUUUUUUCUUUCGUUUCAUCCUCUAUUUUUUUUGCUCUCGAUUUUUUGAGGAUAUUGCCGCCAUUGUUCUUCGGGUAGGAGCUACCAUUGUUCGUGUGUUCUUCAAGGUAAAGCAUGAGUUAUUUCCCUUUUUUUUUCUCUAAUUUUAGGGUUUUAUUCCUUUUCAUUUUGUGGGUUUGUUGAAGUUGCAUUGUUCUUAAUCAUUCUUACAUUCUUAUUUUUUUUCUUUUUUAUUUUUUUUAUUUGGCAUUUUCUUGUUGAGUUAUGCUUAAUCCGAAGAGAGAGAGAGAGAGAGAGAGAGAGAGAGAGAGAGAGAGAGAGAGAGAGAGAGAGAGAGAGAGAGAGAGAGAGAGAGAGAGAGAGAGAGAGAGAGAGAGAGAGAGAGAGAGAGAGAGAGAGAGAGAGAGAGAGAGAGAGAGAGAGAGAGAGAGAGAGAGAGAGAGAAAUGAGUAUAGAAGAGAAUAGUUCCUUGAGAGAAAAAGAAACAAGGAGAAUCGUUGGAAAACAAUCUCCACCCAUUUUCUGUUUUAAGAUUAUUAGUGUAUCGUUGUUCUUCUUUUUUUAAAAAUAUUUACUCCGAAGUGAUUAUUGUGUUGUUGUAUUUAUUCGUAUUGGAUUUUUUAAGUAUUUUGUGUUUUGGGUUUUGUUUUAUGCUUUAGUAUUUGGUUGUUUAGUUUUAUUUUUUUAAUUUUUGUUGAUAUUCGGUUUUGUUGUUGUGUGUGUGUGUUUUUCUUUUUUUUUUUUUGAAAUUUUGUUGAUUUUUGGGUAUAAUUUUUGUUGGUUUUAGUGAUAAAUUUUCUUUUAUUUUUUAGAAACUGGUUUUUGGGUAUGAUUUAUAUGAUGAUUUUAGUAAUUUCGGGUUUUAGAGUCAAUGUGUUGUAAUAAAUUUUGGGUUUCUUGUGUAAUCUGAAAAACUAUGUAGUUUCUGUUGAAAGUAUUGUACCAGUUAUAAACUUGUAUGGCUUUUAUUUUGCAUGAAGAAAUUGUUGUUGUGUUUGAGCAGUUAUAAUCUUUGUUUUAUUUAUAAAAACUGGUUUUUGGUGUGAAUGAGUGGAUUUGAGGUUUGAGGUUUCAAAAUAAAUCUCAUAUGGAAAACCAGUUUCCAGAUCAUGAUUACAGUUUUAAAAAUGGGUUAGAAAUGAUGCAGGUGUUGUUUGGGAUCCUUGGAUACCUGAUUUUGAAACAUGUCAAAAACUAGUUUCUGGAGUUUGAUUUAUUUUCUAGAUAUGUGUUAUUUGUGCAUUCUGUGAUAUUGGAUGUGUGGGUGGUUUUAAGGUUGAUGUUGCAAAAUGCUUGGAUCUUUGAGUGGGUCUCCUUUGGGCUGGAUUAUUAGUUUUAUUGUUUAGUUAAUUACUGUUGAGGAAAUUGUUGAUAUGUUUUUUUUGUUUUGGUUUUUUUUUUGUUGUUUUGUUUCGAUUUUGUGUGAAACUGGUUUUCAUGUUAAUUAUUAGGAUUGAUUUGUUGUUUGUGUCUAAUGUUUAUUUUGUGUUUUGUUUUUUUAUUAGAUGGAGAAUGAAUCAGAAUCAAAAGUCCCAUCUGUUGUUGAAAAGGUUGAGCCUGCUACGAAGGCUAAAGGCCGACCAAAAAAAACUUCACGUAAAGCUAAAGAUCCUUCUAUCGAAGAAGAAAAACCUGUUAAAGUUGAAACGAGGAAAUCUCCUCGUAAAUCCAAAGCUGAUAAUGUUGUGGAACAUAUUCCCUUGAAAGCUCCAACAAGAAGAUCUCACCGGAAACUUAAAGUUGAUAAUCAAGAAGUUAAAGGUGAUGUUGCUGAUUCUGUUUCUCACAAACACCGUAGUAAAAAAGUUAGUAAGAAGGCUACUAAUGUCCUUCAAGCAGACAAUGAUGAUGAUUUUCAGACUCAGAAGGUUGUGGCGGAAGUUGUUUCAAGCAAGAAAAGGAAGGCUGUUAGUGAUGACGCUAGUGCGUCAAAGAAAAGCAAAACUAAGGAUGCAGUGGAGGAUUCUAAUUUGGUAUGUCUUUUUUUUUUCUUAUAUUUUUUUUGUUGUUUUGUGUAUUGUAUUUGUUGGACAAAUGUUUAUUUUUUAGUUGUAUAUAUAUUAUCUAUUUGUUUAUUUUAUUAGUUUUUUUUUUUUUUUUCAUUUUCCUUUAUUUGUAUUGUGUUUAAUGUUGUUUAUGAUAAAGUGUGUGAAUCUAAUGUUGCUGAUGAUGAGAAAUUGGCUAAUGUUGCUAAGAAAGUUAAAAAAAAAACUACUUUCCAAAUCCCAUGGCAAGAAGAAGAGCGAGACUCCUGUUGUUGUUGCUCCAUUGGUAAUUUUUAUUUUCUAAAGAAACCAGUUUCUUGCUCUAUUAUUUUCCUUGUUUUCAGGUUUUCUGUUUACAGUUUUAUUUGAAUCUGGUUUUAUAAUCUAUAUGUUUUUAUUUCAAGUUUUUAAUUUUUCUUUUUGUUUUGGGUAACCAGUUUUUGAAUAUUUUAUUUUUUUGGUUGUGUAAUUUUAAUUUCGAUUGCUUAUAUUCUUUUUUCUCUCCCAGGAAUAUUAUUUUAAAAUUGAUGUUAAGAAGAGGUUUGCUGAGAAACCUCAACUUUACAAUCCUUUCAAUGUCAUCCAUGAUAUCAAUGAGAAUAUUUCAAAUGAUCAGAAGGAGUUGUUUCGAAAGUGUCCUUUUGGCCUCUUUCUUGAUGUGAGCAACUUCAACUAUCAAAUACAACUCAUUCAUCUCAUUCUUUUGGAGCAGAUUCACACUGAAAGGGAAGAUGUUGAGCUCUAGUUCAAAUUGGGAAACAAGGCUGUCGUUUUGGAAUUGAAAAGUUUUCCCUAAUAACCGGUUUGGAUUGUAAGAAAUCCUAUGAUGUUGAUCAGUUCAAAUCAAAGAAGUUACUUGGUUACAAGGAGGAUAGUUUUUGUAUGCAUGGGCUUACUGAGAUGGUUACUGUGAGGGAAGUUGCUAGUGUUUUCUUUAGCGGUGCAUUGAAAGAUGAUGAAGAUUAUGUGAAGAUAGCUCUUGUAUACUUGUUUGCUGGGUAUUUGUAUGGUUAUCCCCAAGGCAAAAAGAUUGACAACUUUAUAUUUGCUAUGGUUAAUGGGGAUGAUUUUAUUGAAGUGUUUAAUCGGUUUGGAUGGGGAAAGUUAUUGUGGGAAAAGACUUUUUAUCACCAAAAGAUUGCAUUGAAGGAUGGAAACGAUACCUUUGAACAGCUUGCUAAAAAAAGGAUGAUUGAGAAGGGUUACAAGCUUAAAAGAUUUCCUAUGACAUUUCUUAUUUGGCUGUACGAGAUCAUUCCGUCUUUAUCACCUCGUUUUUGCAAAAGAAUCGGCAACAAGAGUCCUCGUGUUCUGAAUUGGGAGAAUAGCCCUACAUCGGAAUUUAACAAGUUGAUUUAGGAUGUGUUUAACAAUCCUAAGGUAAUUUUUUAAUUCAAAUUUCAUUGUUUUGAUUAUUGUUUGUUUUAUUUUUUUUUUGGUUUUUUGUUUUUAAAUUGUUUAGUUUUUUUAUCUUUCUAGAUUGUUAUAAAGGAUUUUGUUGCUUUGAGUGGUGAAAAGUCUCAAAGUCUUUUUUCUAAAUUUAAGUUUGAUCCCCAAUACAUUCCUAAGAGGGUUGGUGAUGCUGUGUGUUCUGAUGAAGUUAAUGAUGAGGUCAAGGUAUUAAAACCCGAUUUCUUAAUUUAUUUUGUUUGUAUAUUUUGGUAAUUAUAUGUAUAUCAUUACUUACUUUCAUGUUUUUUUUUUGUCAAUUAUUCAGGUUUCUCAUGAAAAGUUGGACCAGAUUUUUGUUGAACUGAAUUCUAUCAAAGAGUGCCAGCAAAAAAUUAAGGAUCGUAUUUCUAGUUUGAGGAUUGAGUUUUUGGGUGAGUUUGCUAAAUUAGGAGAAAUUCUCAAUGGAUUGAAGAAGAAGAGUGAUGGCAGUUCUAAGGAUUCUGAAUUUUUUUCAUCCCCUAUAAGAGAGGUAAUUAGUUUCUUUGUUUAGUGUUAUUUGAUUAUAGGUUUGUUGGUUUUGGUGUUAUUAUAGUUUUUUAUCAAUUUGUUGAAACUAGUUUCUGUAUUGGAUGUGUGAUUGUUUGAUUUUUGAUAGUUAGUUGAAAUUGGUUUCUGUAUUGGGUUGGGUUGAGAUACGUUUUUUUCAAUUUCUUGAAACUGGUUUCUGGUUUGGGUUUUAGGUAUUUGUUGCUGUGUUAUUUUCUGUAGGAAACCAAUUUCUAUAUUUAUGUUUAAAAACUGGUUUUCAAUUAAUUUAUUGUUCAGGAAUACUAUCAGGAUAUAUGGGAUGAUGGUGGUGGGUUACAGUUGUCCGUUCAUACUGGUCAAGCUGAGGUACAAGAUUUUUACAUUUAUUUUUCGCUUGUUCGAAUUUUAUUGUUUGUUCUAACUAUUUUCCUUCAAUUUUUUAGGAGGAAAAGGACACUUCGAAUUUUGAAAAUAUGUUUAUUGAUCCGAUUUUCUUAAGGGUGUGGUUGAUAGCACUGUUAAGAGUGCUUUGAAGACAGAUGAUGUUUCAUUUCAUGAUGAUAGUGAUAAGUUGAGUUUGGUUUUGUACGAUGAAUCAUAUUUGUCUCCGGAGAUUCAGAAGAGGCAGCCAAAACCAAGCUCUAUUGUUUUGUCGCCAUAUGUUGUGGACUUUGGGUCUUCUUCAUCUUCAAAGGAAGACUUAUAUGAGGAUUGUGCAAGAUGAUAAAUUUAUUGUGCAUGGAAUCAAUCCAUUUAAAGAUGAAAUUUGUUAUAAUAUUGGUCCUGAGCAGUGCGUUAAGUUUUCCAAUUUUAUUGAUGAGAACAUAGUCAUGAAUAGGGGGUUAGUAUAUUUUGUAUAUAUAUUUAUAUUUUUUACAUUUCUUUUUAUGUCUUUUUUUUUUAUGUGAUUGACUUUUUUUUUUUUGUGUUUGUUGUUGUUUGUGUUGGGCAGUGUGAAGAAGUACUCUGAUGCGGACAGCAUGUUAUCGCCACCUAUGGAUUUUUCUUUCAUUGAAAUUUCCGAGAAGAUGUGGUUCUACCAGCUUCAUGCUUGUGGUGAAUUUUCUGUGUGUGACAGUGUAAGAAACUAGUUUUUUUUUAUUAAUUUUUUAUGUGUUUGAGGGUCGUGUAGUUUAUAAUUCUGUUCUCAGUUUUUUGCAAAAUCGGUUUCUCAUACAUGUUUUUUUUUUUGCUAUUUUGUAGCAUUUAGAUGUGGUAUUCUAUUACCUUAGGAAGAAGAUUAAGCAACACGAUACUUUGAACCAACGGAUUACCACUACUGAUUGUUUGUUUGAUCAAGUCAUAUGGCUUUCAUACAAUCAGUUCUUGAAAUCGGGUUCUAAUCCUUCUAAGAUUGACUUUGAUAAUGUCAUUCCUAGAUACAUUGUUGGUGAGUAUUUGUUUUGCAAUACUCCUUGGGUGCUUACUGACCAUGUUCUUAUAUAUGUCAAUAUUCAAAAGAAAAAAUAUUGGAUAUUGGUCCAUUUUGAUAUCAAGGAGAGGAUGUUGAACGUAUAUAACUCCAUGUCUGGUGCUCUCAACAAGAAACGCGUCUUGGAUCAUGUCAAAGCUUAUUCUACUAUGCUGCCGUAGUAUUUGGAGUAUCUUGAUGUUUAUUCUUCUUGACCGGAUCUUAAUUUGGUUGAAGGUCCAUAUUCUGUUGGGAAAAGAGAACCUUUGAAUUUCAAGUUCAUUGAUGGGCUUCCAAGUCAGGUCAAUAGGUAAUUCUUCCUCUUUUGAUCAUAUAUUUUUUUUAAUUGAAACUAGUUUUAUGUUUUGUUUUGUUUAUAUUUUUUGUCAAUUUUUGUUUUGUUUGCACAGAAACUGGUUUUUGAUAUGAAUUCAUUUUUUUUGUUUUCUUGUAGUGACUGUGGUGUAUUUGUGAUCAAGUUUGCUGACUUCAUUCGUGGAAAAAUUGAUGACAUUCCAUCUAAGAUGUCAGAUUUGGUAGUAGUAUAUAGAGAUGAUCUUGCUGUAAGUUUGUUUAUUCAUGCUAGGAGGAAACAAAUUGGCGGUUAUAUAACUGAUGAUGAAGUGUUGAAAAAGGUGAAGAAAUCAAAGGAUAAUGCAAGUGAUAAGGCAAAGGUCAAAGGGAAGGAUAUUGCAAAGGGAAAGGGCAAAGACAAAUGAUUUCAGAUGAAUGGAUAGAUGUUUAUAAUAAUUACUUUUUGUUUUUUUUUGGAUUUAUGUUCCUAUGUUUACAGGAAACUAGUUUCUUUUGUUUUUUUUUUUUUUUUUUUUUUUUU